AGUGUGCCAUUAUUCUAGCGGCGAUUGGAACUUGUCGAUGGGGUGAAGAAACAUGGAGUGCAUGUCCCAUAAAUAAUUUGCUCAUUCGUCAGCAUCGGACUACUGGUAUUGGUGGGAGGGAGUAGUUUUCUUCUCGGCUGCUGUGUUCGAUGUUUGAAGGGAAUCCCCCACCGCACGAUUCCUCCCUUCCCCCAAAGCUUUCUUUCAACGCCCCCCCUCUCUCUCUCGGCUCUUCGCACGUUUCUCGCUCGUCCUCGGCAACCCACUUUUUCGUUGUUGCCGAAUCGAUUUCCCCGCGGAUUCCCAUCUCCUUUGAUUUCCCCGGCUCUGAGAUCUCAAUUUGAGGGGUGCGUGCUUUAGAUCCUUCCGAUGGAGGGGAAUAGUUGGAGGCCGGCUCAGGGGGAGAGCGCCGCCGCCUCGGAUGGGGGAUCCGGCGACUGGAGGACCCAACUCCAGCCGGAGGCGCGGCACAGGAUUGUAAAUAAGAUAAUGGAAACUUUGAAGAGGCACCUGCCUAUCUCUGUGCCCGAGGGCAUAAAUGAACUUCAGAAAAUUGCUAUUCGGUUUGAGGAGAAGAUAUAUACUGCAGCUUCUAAUCAGCCUGAUUAUUUGAGGAAAAUUUCUCUAAAAAUGCUUUCAAUGGAGAAUAAGUCUCAGCAUUCUGCUUCAAUUAACCCUUCAAUAUCCAACAGCGCAGUUCUCAACCAAAAUUCUGCAGACCCAGCAUUGCUUGGUGUACAAUCACAAGCCAACCAAGGGCAACCAUUAUCUGUCUCUAUGGUGAAUCAACCUUCAGCAAGGCAACAAAUUUUGUCCCAGAAUAUUCAGAACAACACUUUGGCUAUGGCACAAAAUCCUGCCAAUCUUUCCUCUGCAUUAUCAUCCAUCACAGGCCUUAGUCAGUCCAACAUAUCUGGUGUUAGCCAGAUAUCUAACCUACAGAACAUGCCUGGCAUAUCACAAAACUCUGCCAACAACUCUCUGGGACAAACUGCAGCACCAGAUCUUUAUUCAAACACACAAAGGCCGAUGCAAGGAAGGCAACAACAGCAACAACUUAUUUCUCAACAGCAGCAUCAAACACAAAAUCAACUUCUAUACCAGCAUCAGUUUCAACAACAGUAUAUGAAGCAGAAAUUUCAACAAUCUUCACUCUUGCAACCGCAUGUUCAGCAGCAGCAAUCUCUGAUGCAAACAACCCAACUGCAAUCUUCUCAGCAGCCUCUGAUGCAGAUCGGGUCCAAUUUUCAGUCAGGCCAGUCCGCCAUGCAGCAGACACAGCCUGGAGCAAUCCAGUCAGCUGUACAACCUGGCCUUCAACAAAAUCAGCUAAGUACUGUUCAGAAAUCUGCCCCCUCCUUGCUUCAGCAACAUCCACAAUCAAUUGCCAGACAACAACAGCAAUCACAGUCUGCCAUGCUUCAACAAUCAACUUCAAUGCAGCAACAGCCAACUUCAGCACCUCAGCAAUCAAAUUUACCCAUGCAGCAGCAUCAGCAGCAGCAAAUAAUAGGUCAACAAACAAAUAUUUCAAAUGUCCAACAGACCCAAUUAAUUGGGCAACAAACGAGUGCCACAGAGAUGCAACAAUCACAGAGAGUGUCAAUUCAACAGAAUAAUCUUUUAAACAUGCAACAGCCCCACCAUUUGUUGAAUCAACAUCAACAACAGCAGUUAGGCAACCAAAGUAACAUGUCAGGGCUUCAACAACAGCAGCAACAACAGCAGCAGCAGCAAAUACUUGGGUCUUUAUCUAAUGUCUCAAAUAUGCAGCCACAUCAGCGCCCUAUGCAUAUACAUCAACAACCAAAGACCACAAUACAACAGCAGCAGCAAAACCAGCAGGCACCACUGGCAAUGCUGCAACCACAAGGUCAACAGCCCCAACAUCAAUCAUCACAGCAGCAAUUGCUUUCUCAGUUCCAAUCUCAGCCUGCAUCAUUGCAACAGCAACUGGUGCAACAACAUCCAAGUUCCAUGCAACGAGAGAUGCAACAAAGAAUUCAAGCUUCAGGUUUGCUUUCCCAGAAUGCAAUUGAGCAGCAGAAGCAAUUUGUUCAAUCACAAAUAGGACUUCAGGAGGUCUCAUCUAGUAAGGCACUGGAUUCUUCAGCUCAAACAGGACAUGUUGGCAUCAUUGAUUGGCAGGAGGAGAUUUAUCAGAAGAUAAAAUCCAUGAAGGAGCUCUACUUUGCAGAUUUGACUGAGCUUUACCAAAAGAUUGUUCUAAAGUUGCAGCAGUUGCAGCAUGAUGUGCUUAUGCCGUCUGUGAAGACAUCUGAACAAUUUGAUAAAAUGAAAAGUUAUAAGAUUAUGUUAGAGCGUACAUUACAUAUUUUGCAAUUACCCAGGAGCAAUAUUCAACUUGGUUUGAAAGACAAACUCCCAUUGUAUGAGAAGCAAAUAACGACUUUUCUAGCUACAAAUAAGAAAAAGGUUGUCCCUUCACAGCCUCCUGGACAGCAACAAUUUCAGCAUCCUGGUGGACAUCCUCAAUCCAUGUCUCAACAACAAUCAUCUCAAGUUCCUCAAGUGCAGCAACAUGACAAUUAUGCAAACCAGCAAAUGAAUCUUCAAGGUUCAACAACUUCAGUGCAGCCAGCUGCUAUGCCAAGUAUGCAACAUGGUUCUGUACCUUUAUCAACACAUUUUGGUGUUCCAACACCUCAACAGAACAUGACAAAUGCAUUACAGACUGGUUCUGCAAUUGAUUCUGCCCAAGGGAGUUCUUUUAGUUCAUUGCAGCAGGGAGGAAUUGCAUCCAUGCAACAGGGUGGUCUGGUAUCCGGGCAAGGUUCUAUUAAUGUUCCUCCGCAGACCAAUGCCAAUGUUAUGUCAAACGGCUCAAUGAAUUCACUGCAAAACAAUAUUAAUUCCAAGCAACCAAGUUCUAAUGCAAUACAGCAGCAGCAUUUUAAGCAGGAGCAGCAGCAGCAGCAGCAGCAGCAUAUGCAAAAUCAACAACUAAAGCAGCAAUUUCAACAGCGUAAUAUGCAGCAACAAAUAAUUCAGCAACAACAAAAGCAGCAACUACUUCAGGUGCAGCAGCCUCUGCAGCAACAGUUGCAACAACAGCAGCAAAAACAACACCAAACAUCACAGCUGCCAGUACACCAAUUGUCACAGCUCAAUCAAUCAAAUGAAAUCAAUGAGUUGAAGUUUAGACAAGGGCCUGGCGUUAAACCAGGACUUUAUCAACAGCAUUUCUUGCCUAAUCAACGCCACAGCUAUUAUCAGCAAUUGAAAUCUGGUGCUGCUUUUCCAAUUUCAUCACCUCAAAACUUUCAAGCUUCAUCUCCCCAGAUUUCUCACCAUUCUUCUCCUCAACUCGAUCAGCACAGUCUGCUAUCAUCUCAAAUAAAAACUGGAACACCUUUGCAGUCGGCUAACUCACCAUUCGAUCCAUCUCCUUCCACACCUAUAGCCCCCUCACCUAUUCCAGGAGAUGAGAAACAAAUUUCUGGCAUUACAUCAGUGCCAAAUGCAGGACGUGUUGGACAUCAACCAACAGCUGUAGCUCCUCAAGCUCAAUCACUUGCUGUUACUACGCCUGGAAUAUCAGCUUCACCUUUGCUGGCAGAAUUUACCAGUCCUGAUGGAAAUCAGACCAACCAUACAAAUUCAGGUGCUGCUAAAGCAAUUACAACAGAAAGGCCAUUUGAACGCUUAAUAAAAGUGAUACGAUCAUCAACACCCAAGGCCCUGAGUUCUGCUGUUAGUGAUAUUGGGUCCGUUGUUAGCAUGAUAGACAGGAUAGCAGGUUCAGCACCAGCACCAGGAAAUGGUUCUAGGGCUGCAGUAGGUGAAGAUUUAGUUGCCAUGACAAAGUGUCGUUUGCAGGCUAGAAGUUUCAUGUCACAGGAUGGAAGUGCUACUACCAAAAAAAUGAAGCGAGACACAAGUGCCAUGCCCUUGAAUAAUGUGUCAUCUGCUGGAAGUGUAAAUGAUAGCUUUAAACACUCAUAUGGUCUUGAUACAUCCGAGUUAGAGUCGACUGCAACAUCACGUGUCAAGCGGCAGAAGGUUGAGGUAAAUCAUGCAUUACUCGAGGAGAUCAGGGAGAUAAACCAGCGGCUAAUUGGUACAGUGGUUAACAUAAGUGAGGAAGAUACCGAUUCAAAUUCUGCUGCUCCACAAGGUGAAGGAACAAUAGUGAAAUGUGUCUUCACUACUGUGGCUUUAUGCCCGAGCCUGAAGUCUCAGUUUGCUUCGGAACACAUGAGUCCAAUUCUACCUUUGAGGUUGCUUGUUCCUGCUAAUUAUCCAAAAUGUUCUCCUGUUCUCUUGGACAAGUUUCCAGAUGAGCAAAGGGAAUCUGAUGAUCUGUCUGUCAAGGCUAGGUCGACAUUCAUCAUUUCUCUCCGUGGCCUAUCACAGCCCAUGUCGCUGGGAGAGAUGGCAAGAACAUGGGAUGUCAGUGCCCGUAAGGUAAUAACGGAAUAUGCACGACAGACUGGAGGAGGCACCUUUAGCUCAAGAUAUGGUGCUUGGGAAAAUUGUGUAGCUGCUUGAUGUUCCAUCCAUGAUGUGGUUGAGGAUGCUUGUUGGAAAUCAUCACGCUGCUAAGCUAGGCCACUAUGGAUAAUACUGAUUAUUUCUUGCUUCCGAAGAAAAUAUGUGAGGAAUUGGCAUGAACCGAUUCCGAAGAAAAUAGGGCAGGAAUUGGAAUGAACCGACAAUAUAUUUACAGGUCUUCAAUUUUUAUAGUAUUCCUGCAAUGGUCUGUAAUUAUCAGCAUAUCCUACCAAGUACGGAAAGCUUAUCAUUAUCUGUUGUAUCAAGUAUUGUUCUCUCCCAACUUUCUUGUCUGUGACUUGCAGAAUUGUAAAACUGCUGCUUUAAGAAUUCUGUGGAAGUGAUAAAUGUUUCAUGUUUAAUGACUUGGGAUC